AUGUGGCUAUGUACGAAGGGAGCACAGGCCCGAGCUUAUGGUGCUCCUAAUCCUGCAAGACAUCCAGUGACACCCGAGAAUCUGCCUGGAAGGGCGCCUUACGCUUCACCGGCUGUGACCGCGUUUGGGGUUAAACAUCCGGAGCUCCCGCUGAAGACUCUUGACGCUCUUAGGAGAGCGUGCAUUGAAGAUGAGGACAUUGUGGAGAAUAUUUCAGAUGUGAUCCGCUCGGAGCUGGACAUAGCAGGUCGCGAGGGGGCACUUCAGCUACUGGCCGAGCUUAAAUUGCCGCCCAUCGACUGCAAGCGCGUGCUUGACAGCCUGUUGUCGGCAACACCAUCUAAUACCAGCAACAAGAGCAAUAAGUCGAAGUCGCGCAUUAGUGAUACAACGGAGUCUUCGGCCGUGAAGGUGCCGGCCUGCGUUCCUGAGGCCUUCGCCGACGUCUUCAAGCCAAUGAACUCACAGAGUGAUGCCAGUAAGUUCAAUGUCCUCGUGGCAACCAAGGUUAUCAAGGCGGGCAUUCUUUGGACCGACAUCAGCGAGGGCCUGGCACCCCGGAACGACACCCCUGCUACGACACCGAUUCAUAUCAAGACCAUCAUAACGCACUGGAUGACUGUACUGUGCCAUAUCAAGACCAUUGGCAAGGGCAACCUCCUAUCCCUAAAGAGGAACAGCACGGCACGGAAGGAGGGCUCAAGCCAAAGGGCUAUGAGGGCAUGUUCAACACGGGAGGUGAUACAGCUUAAGGAGCAGGGCACCUGGGAGGAACCGACAGAUGACAUGCGGCAGAAGGCCGACCAGGAAGCCAGGGAGAAGGCCUUGGCAAUCUUGGGGCGCAUCAAGCAGAAGGCGGGUUUCGUGGACAAGAAGAAGAAUGACACAGAGCAGGGCGGCGAUGCAGCUGCCGCCGAAGCACCAGCUGGUGCCGAAGAGGUAGCCCCUGUCCAAGUUCCACGACAGCAAGAGCAGCAGAACCCCGCCAACCCGCCGACCAGUGAUGAGGGUGACGGGACAGCUGCAGAGAUGGGUCUGGACUCUAGAGUCCCCGUGGUGGAGACCUCGGAUUAA